GAAAGUCCACUAUUAGUGGUGGUUUUUAGGUGACAGGGGAAAACUACCUUGAGUAAUGUUAACUCGUGUGAAGGUUGCCUGCCCUCUGGAAUUCUCUUUCAGUUCUUCCGGAGAAAGUCUCAGAUGCCAAUACAUCUUUAACCCCUCUUGACACACACUAAACCUCACACCCUAGAGUUUUUGAUCCUAUUUAGAAUGCAAUAUCGUUUUAUUUACAGUUUUAAAAUAUGCUUUCUUUUUGUGACGGCUGAUAAUUUAACAAAUAAAUGUAAGUAACCAUUAGCUUUAAAAUGAAUGUUAACUGUGUAAUAGCAUAUGGUUCAUUCAUUCAUGCGUUCAACCGAUAUUUAUAGAGCACCUACUCUGUGCCAGGCUCUGUCCUUACGUUCCUCAGAGAGAGCGGCGCCCUGCCCUGGAGGGGCUCACACUCCAGAGGAGGGAGCCCAGGUAGUGGUCGGGAGAUGUGCUUCUCGCGGGCGGCACACAGGUGCCCGCCGGGCCCUCCUCCCGCCCGGGCGAGCGGCAACCCCGAGUCCGGAGCCACCGCGGGCUGAUCCCGGGCCGCGCUAGCCGCGGGGCCGGGCACUGUGCGGGGCGGGCCGGCCGGCCGGCGGGCUGUGGCCGAGGCCCGGCGGCCGCGACUCCUCCUCCGCUUCCUCCCGCGGAGGCUGACGUUGAGUCAACAGCACGGGCGGCCGCUGGAGGCGGCGGCGCGGCAGCUCGGAGGCGCCGGGCCCUCUCGGGGCCGCGCGGGGCCCGGGCGGCGCGGCGACGACGGCCGCAGCGCGGCGGGAGGCGGAGGCGGAGGUGGAGGGCGGCGUCCGUGAAACCGGCCCGCGCCCGCAGGAGGAGGCCAUGAACGACGACCGGACCGAGAGCGACUGGCAGGGGCUGGUGAGCGAGGCUAACGUGUGCAGUGAAUGCACACAGUGAAUGCUCAGUGCAUUUUUACAUGUGCGCGCCCCUGUGUAGCAGCCACUUAGAUCAAGAUUCAGAACAUUUCUAGAAGGGAGGAACCCUAUGCCCUUUCCUAGUCAACACACACGCCACCACACCCCUGAGUACCUGGUGUGUAAAAGGAAGCUGGAGAGUAAAAAGGAAGCCCUGCUGAUCCUUUCCAAGGAGCUGGACACAUGCCAGCAGGAAAGAGACCAGUACAAACUCAUGGCCAAUCAGCUUCGAGAACGCCACCAGUCCCUGAAGAAGAAAUACCGAGAGCUCAUCGAUGGAGACCCGUCACUUCCCCCUGAGAAGAGGAAACAGGCUAAUCUUGCACAAUUAUUGAGAGAUUCUCAGGACCGAAAUAAACAUCUGGGAGAAGAAAUUAAAGAACUUCAGCAAAGGCUUGGAGAAGUCCAGGGUGACAAUAAGCUCUUGAGGAUGACAAUUGCCAAACAGAGGCUCGGAGAUGAAGAAAUCGGCGUGCGGCACUUUGCAGCCCAUGAACGUGAAGACUUGGUUCAGCAGCUGGAGAAAGCCAAGGAGCAGAUUGAGUCUCUGGAGCAUGACCUGCAGGCCUCUGUAGAUGAGCUUCAGGAUGUCAAAGAAGAGCGGUCUUCCUACCAGGACAAAGUGGAGAGGCUCAACCAGGAGCUAAACCACAUCCUGGGUGGGCACGAGAACCGUAUCAUUGAUGUGGACGCCCUGUGUAUGGAGAACAGGUACCUUCAAGAGAGAUUAAAGCAACUUCACGAAGAGGUCAACCUCUUGAAGUCUAACAUCGCCAAAUACAAGAAUGCUCUCGAGAGACGGAAAAACUCAAAAGGCCAGGGUAAAUCCAGCAGCAGCGCUCUGACUGGAGUCCUGUCUGCAAAGCAAGUUCAGGACUUAUUAUCUGAGGAUCAUGGCUGCAGUCUCCCAGCUACUCCACAGUCCAUUUCUGAUCUGAAAUCUCUGGCAACGGCCCUGUUGGAGACAAUCCAUGAGAAAAACAUGGUCAUCCAGCACCAGAGGCAGACCAACAAAAUCCUAGGGAAUCGCGUGGCUGAACUGGAGAAAAAAUUAAGAACUCUGGAAGUUUCUGGUUUGUGGAGUCUUCCAGGCCUGAGCUACAAUGUUUCAGUAGGAUUUGGGAGGGGCAAGGACACCAUACUGUUCAGUGACCCUACUCUUCCCACCAUACAGAGGUCGAGAUCCCCACUGCUGAAGUUCAUUGAGCAGCCCACUGAGAGCAAACUGGACCCUAAGGAUGGAGAAGCUCAGAAGCAAGAAGGAGAUGAAAGUCAUGCUGUUGCCCAAGCGUUGACAGCGCCGGAGAAUGUCGGGAGGCCUGCUGUCAACUCCCCAGCAAAUCGGAGCCACGGGAACCAACGCAAGCACUUUCAUCCUUCAUUACCCUGGUUACCUUCUGAGGAAGAAGUAGUAAACAGGCUCGGAAGGGAAAUCGUGCAGCUGACAGAGGAGCAGGCAGCUGCAGAACCAGAAGGGGUCAGAAGAGGGCGCCCUGCGGAGGGCCAGAGGAACGCCAAGGGCGAGUGCCCCGGCGCUGGCCAGGACUCUCUGGAGGCCAGCCCCCCAGCAGCCAAAGCUUCCACUCUGGAAGAUGGCAAGGAGACCCCAGAGGGCGGAGGCACAAGGUGUGCCACGAAAACAUGAAGGGGAAAGGUUUGGGGUAUGGUGACACAUCAAAGGCACUGGGUGGUGGUGGUGGGGACGGUAAAGAAUUAAGCCUUCCAACAGCUCACCAAAGUCGCUUUCUCCCAAAACACCUCCAAGUCUGCAAGUGAGAAAAGACUCAGAUCCGGUUUCAAACUGUGAAUAUUCUGAUGAUGCCAGCACAGUUUGAUUUAUUAAAUGUGGGUCCUCAAGCUUCUCAGUGUCAUCUCCCCCUGCCGAAGACGCACUGCUGUGAACAUGGCCGGGCACGGAAUCGUGUCCGCCAUAUGGCUGGUUUUCAGCAUCCGUCUUUCUGUCAGCAUUUGUUUUGUUAGAGAUAAGCUGUUUUUCUAUUAGCGUUUAAUGUUGUCCAUCAAAAUUAUGGUUAGAGCUACAAAUGGAUGGGUUUUUAAUCAGGUCCCUGUCCUUGUAGCGGUUAGGCAGCCAGCGAGAAGGUGUAACUGAGCAUAGUGGGUCCGGACGGCCCACUGCUCUACUUCACCACAUCAGGGCCUGGGCGCACCUCCCAGCAUAGGUGUUCUUGGCAUCCUGCCCUUAGCUCUGUCUGUCAUGGCACCGACUGGCAGGUGGAAAGGGGCUUAGGCAGGCUCAGGAUGUUAGACUUCCAGGUUGAAAUCCGCAGCCCCUACUGAGAUGUCUGCUGACUGCUAGAGCUGAGUUUUCCAGCCUGUAAUUCUGGAGGAUUAAUUGACCUGGAGUGAUGGGAAAUAUAAGAAGGGAGGAAGGGGACGCUGAUGGGUUUGAUUUUUUUUGUUUCUGAGAUGAGAUGAGACUCAGAGCCUGGAAAUACUGGCUCUCUCCAUCCAGCUGGUGCUGCGUAUAGCGUUUUCUGGCCGUGUAGGCUUGGGGCAAGAUACAGCUCCUUAGGGCCAAUUCACCUGACACCUUGAACCCCUCAAUCCUGCAACAGAAUGGUAAGGCUGCCUCCUCUGUGCCUCCAGGUACCAGGAUUUUGAAGAUAAGACACAGAGCUCAUGGCCCUGCAGUGGAGAGAGAGAGGAAAACAAAAUAACUUCAGCCUGGUCAGGGGGCCUCUGGAGGCAAGUACAAGCUCCAAGGGUGGGAAAGGAAGGAGUGGGCAGCCCCAUCUGAUUAUUUCCUCAGGGAGAAAAUGAGCGUUUCUAGGUGGCGUCUGGGACUGCAGAGAAUUUUAGGCUCAUCAAACAAUAGACCUUUCUUUGAGCUGAACUCAGUUGAUUUCCCCAGGAGGCCGCAGAGCAGAUCCCAAAGCGCGAAACACCCCUGGGAACCAGAAUCACUCCUUUGAGAGACUCUCCUGCAGGAAAACAAAAGGCUCCAGAGGUAAUAAAGGUUGAAAAUUCAUCCUAAAAAUCAGAUGUUUAUACAGGGCUUGUGAUCCCAGGUGUGAAAGCUCCACAUGGGUGGCCAGACCACCCUGAUACUUCUCUGCCAUGUUGCAUUUCCUGGCAUCACUUUGCUAGCAGAGUAGGAGCUCUGUCAGGGUGUAUGCUGUGAAGGAGGGCAAAGAGCAGACAAGUGGGCCCAGUCUUUUGUCUGGAUAGACCUCCAGCUACUGUCUUCCCACUCACCAGAGGCCACCCACGCUAGUGGAAGGGGGCACGCCAGAGUCAGUGCACCAUUGUUUCCGGGGAACUGGAUAUACCAUCCACCCUGCCUGCCAGGCCCCAGUGCUACUCAUCCCUCUGUGCCCCAGCCUAUCCCCACUCAGCCCCUCAACUCCCCCUCCAGGGAAGUUGCUUCUGCAGGUGCAGAGCCUGCACAGGCCAGCAGCCACAGAAAUAAUUUCCCUGCUGCCCUGGGUCUUAACUGUCUGCAGCCGUGCAGCACUGUGCAUAGGAUGCCAGAGCCGCCAAAGGAAAAUACAGCCAGAUUUAAUAUAAUAAUAAUAAAAAGAAAGGUCUCUCCCCACAGAAGCUCUGGUUUUGACACACAGUCAGCCAGGUGCACAUCUUUAAGGCCCAUUUAUCACCUUCUGGAGAGCAGGGCUUAUAAUAAACUUCAGCAUGUUCUGUCAUAGGUAGGAAAGCUGCCGUGAGUCCGAGGGUCAGGGUUCAGGGUGGAAGGUCAUAGGGAGUGAUAACCUAAACUCUGUGUAUGCAAUUGGAGUGGGAGGGUUUAUGUUAUUAGGUGGGAAGGAACCACUGAGUUGAUGCUGUCACAUGUGUAACCUUGACAGUGCGCCAGACGCACAUGUGAUGCUGGCCCACCUCUGCUGGCCCAACCCGACAUGGUUCUUGUGUUCUACAGGCAUUCAAGAGUUUCAGCAAUUUCUGAUGGUUGUCAUUUGCCUUUUUGAGCGUCAUUGUGAAAGUGUGCAACAUUCUGUCCCCCACUCCACCAGAUAACUCCACAUCAGGGUACUCUCGGCUGUGAUUCAUACUUUAAGAAACUUAAACAAUAGGGGAGUUAAUUAUACCGCAUAACAAGAACUGCAGAAGUAGGGCAUUCCAUGAUGGGUUCAUUGAAGAAAGUCAUCAAGGAUUUGGGUCUCCUUCUUCUUGCUCUUUCCCACUGCCUGCCUCAGUGUCAGCUAGUCCCUCAAGCUAACAGGGUGGCUGCAACAGCUCCAGGCGUCACCUGUUCUCACAUCUGCAUUCAAAGGCAGAAGGAAGUUUUGUGUGUGUUUCCUAUCAUGUUUCCUUGGUCAGAACUUUCACAUGCUUAUGCCUAAGCCAAUCCCUGGCAUGAGAGAUGGAAUUACUCUGAUGGGUUUAGGUUCAUCGAGAUCACUCUGUAAACUGGGGAAGGACCCUGUCCCUGGACAUGUGGACUCUAAAAAGGCAAACACCAAAACAAAAUCAGAUCUUGAGAGGCAUAGGAGAAUUGGGAAUAGAUUUGGGCAGGCUACUGACAGCAUUGUCUCUGAACCCCACAUGUCUGUUUCAUUUUUUUCCCCUUAAAAAGCACAAUAUUAUGUUAUUGAUGAGUUUAAAGUUAGAAGGAGUGACAGUGGUUGUUGUCUGUGUGUUGGUUUUUUAAGAAAAUUGCCAUCUCAUGUCUCCUCUUCCCUGGCUUAUCAUCUGUCCUAUUUUGAAGCUGGAACACUCCCACCUUUGUUUAUCUCUUCAAGUAUGUAUGUCCUUCCAUUAUUUUUCCAGCUCAGUUGCCAGGAGAAUGCAGAACAGUCUGAAUAAAUGAAACAGAGCUGACAGGUCUCUUAAUGAAAGCGUGUUUGCACACACUGCAUUUCUUGUGAUCGCUCUGUACCUGAGAGCCUUUAGGUGUGGAUUUUUACAUAUGAGUGUUUGUCAUUCUUUUAAUUAAGGCCCGUGGAAAUGGAUUGGUUUUAGUAAACCAGGAAUUUCUCAUCCCUGACUCCUCUUUCCAUGCCUCCUCUGCCCACCUUCCUCUCCCCCUUAGAGCUAUUCCAGAGCCUCUCUAGCUAGGAGGCUCCUGAUGGCAUUCAGCCCCAUCUUUCCUGGAACCGCCUCCCAGUUGACAAUCUUAAGUAAGCUAAAUUUGUUUUCCCACUAUUGUUCCUCUUUUGUGCCCUCACUCCCAAACACACACCACCAUCAUGAUGUGAAGUUCUAAAAACAAGUUUCUGGCAGCAGUCGUUCAUGUGUUGGACUGAAUUUUUGGAUGUGUUAUUCCUACUACAGCAUUUGUACCCCAAUUCACCAUGUGACAUAAAUGGCUCCAUCUCCUCCUUACGGAAUUUCAAAGGCCGGAUAUUCGCUCACUGGGGUUAUCUUCCCUGUCUCUUUGAAAUUGCAGCAUGCCUUUGUCCCUCUUGGUUUUCUGCUCUUCAAAAAAAUAGGGCUCUAUCCUGUCUCAAUCUUUUCUUUCACUCCUGUGGAUGGCUUGGUACCCUACUUCUCUUUGGAAAAGGUCUCUAUUUGAGCGUCUUCUCCCUCUGCUCUCUGCUUUCAUUCUGGAGGCCACCAUUUGGAACAAUCUUGCUCUCAAUAAUAUUAAAGCUCCCUUCACAUGGCUGUUAGCAUGUCAAAAAGCCAAAUGAUUCCCUUCAACUUACUACUUUUAAUAUAGCCCUUUUUUCCAGACAUCUUUCUAAACAGAGAAAAAUUUGAAGAUCAGAGAGAUGCAAUAGAGAGCUCAGUAGUCAACCUAAUUAGAAAUGAGAAGCAGAAAAAACAAGAAGGACCCAUCUCUCAAUAUUACGAUUACUCACAAAAACAAAACAUGUUGAUAUAGCACAAAGGCAAUUUAAAAUGAUAGAUACAGAUGUGCUGUCUUACACUUUUUAUCACCUCUUCACUGAAUUUUUCUAUAGGGAAAGUUUGCAUAGUACUGACAAGUUUGACUCUCUGGAAUCAAUGUGAGCCCAGGAAUACAUUUUUGGGAUCUUAGCCAAGUGAUAGCCUAUUAAAUUUAAAACAAUCGCCUUUAGAAAAAAAAAACAAAAAAAACAGCUGUUAUUUUGUAGUUUAAAGUAAAAACUAACUUCCAUUCAUUUUCAGAUCUUAUUUAUUGGAUUUUAUGGUCAUCAUAUAACUAUAUCUUUUUUGUUACCUGAAAUAAAGUGUGGUAAUUUUCCUGA